GAUCAACUCCUGUAGUCUAUUUAUAGCUGGAUGAUGAGAUACACUAACAAAUCACCAAAACAAGAAAGAAAUUCACACCAAGAUACUAAGAACAGAUAGAUCAAAAUGGCAUCAGAAUGCGGCCCAGGUAAAAGUUCAUGGCCUGAGUUAGUUGGGUUUGAUGGGGAAACUGCAGCAAGAAUAAUUGAAAGAGAGAUUCCUAACGUGAAUGCCAUUGUGUUGCUCGAAGGAACCCCAACAACUUUGGACUUCAGGUGCGAUAGGGUUUGGGUUUUUGUGAAUGAGGCCGGAAAGGUUGUCGAAACACCUACUAUUGGGUAGUACUAUAUGCUCGAUGAAUUCAUGCAUAUACAUAGCAUUAUGCAUUGUUCUAAAGAAAGUAUUUACUCGUAUCGUCCAUUAUUAUUAAAAAUUUAAAUAAAGGAUGAUGUAAUUAUGUUUGUGGUUAUCUUAUUUUAGUUUUGAAAGCAGAUUACUAAGAUAUAAAUAAUUGAAGAAAAUGGUCAAAUGGGUAGCUUAACAGGGACUUGUUGUUGAACAUGGGGUUCUUCUGAGUUUGAGACCAUUUUGUUGGUUCGAUAACUUUGAUAUUCAGUAUCCAAUUCAGACCCUUACAGUGUACGUUUUUAUGUA